AUGGGGUUUCGUAUCACCACGUGGAACGUUAACGGGAUUCGUAACCCGUUCUCAUAUGAACCAUGGCGAGGCAACCGGACCUUCGAGUCCAUGUUUGACAUCCUGGAAUCCGACAUUGUAGUCUUUCAGGAAACGAAAAUCCAACGAAAGGACCUCCGUGAUGAUAUGGUCCUAGUGCCCGGGUGGGACUGCUAUUUCAGCCUCCCCAAGUUCAAAAAGGGAUAUUCUGGGGUUGUGAUUUACACUCGUAAUGCUACAUGUGCUCCUAUUCGUGCCGAAGAAGGUAUCACCGGUGUUCUGUGUGCGCCCAAUUCUGCUGUGUCUUUCCGAGAUCUGCCCGAGGAACAGCAGAUUGGCGGUUACCCGACGAUGGAGCAGCUCACUAGGCCACCUUCCGUCAAUAUAGAGAGUGAUGAGGCCGUCCUAGAUGACGAGCAGCCGGCACUGGAUCCCAAGAUCGAUGCCGCGACACUCGACUCUGAAGGACGAUGCGUGGUCCUCGAGUUCCCAGCCUUUGUGCUCAUCGGCGUCUACUGCCCUGCAUACCGAGAUGAAAGCCGUGAUUGCUUUCGAAUGGACUUCCUUAGCGCCCUCGAUGCUCGGGUACGCAACCUCGUCGCCAUGGGGAAGCGCGUCUUUCUAACGGGAGACAUCAACAUUGCUCAAAUGGGAAUCGAUUCUGCGCAUGCGCUGGAAGGCAUUCGCAAGAGGACCACCACGGAAGAGGAGUACAUAUCUGCUCCGUCUCGGAAGCUAUUCAACUCGUUGCUUUCGGAUGGGAUUGUUGUUGGGGACCGUGACGAAGGCAGACAGCAGCCGGUCAUGUACGAUAUCUGCAGAUCAUUUCAUCCAGAACGCAGUGGCAUGUAUACAUGCUGGGACACGAAACUUAACACGCGACCGGGGAACUUUGGUGCUCGAAUUGAUUAUGUGCUCUGUAGCCUAGACAUGCAGGAUUGGUUCUCCGAAUCGAACAUCCAAGAAGGAUUGAUGGGAUCGGAUCAUUGCCCUGUCUUCGCUGUCUUCAAGGACCAAGUACCAUAUGAGGGAGGCCUCUCACACAUACGUGACAUUAUGAACCCACCAGGGGUAUUCAAGGACGGCGAGCGGCAGCAGGAAUACUCGUCCCGGUUCAUGUUACCAGCGUCUGGUCGCCUGUUGCCGGAGUUUGAUAUCGACAAGCGCCGCAGUAUCAAAGACAUGUUCACCCGCAGACCUCCGAGCACUCUCUCUCGAUCCUCGUCUACAGGCAGCGCACUAGAGAAGCCAGCUGCAUCCCCGGCUCCGGAAUCGUAUACAUCAGCAACACCUACUCCCAGUGAGCCGCCCACGCCAUCAGUGUCUUGCGAGACUCCGGCUCCGAAAUCCAUGCCUUUCAAACGAUCACAGCCGGCAUCCUCAGCUUCUUCCAAGCGUGCAAAGCCUACGCCGACUCCGUCAACAGCGGGCCAGAAGUCACUCAUAGGCUUCUUCAAGCCCAAGAGCGACGAGGGAGCCUCGCCCAAGAAGAAGAGCAUCGUUUUCAAUUCUCAUAUCACCCAAGCCGCCUCGAACCCACCCCCUCCCGGACCCACGUCCGACAUGCCGACGCUCCCUAGCGGUCCUCCAUCUGCGCAAUCUUCCCCCAGUAAACUGCGAAGCGACGACUCUGUGAUCGACCCGAUCGUCAGCAAAGAAGACUGGACGAAGCUAUUUACCAAGAAGCCCGUACCGCGCUGUGAGAGCCACCAGGAGCCAUGCGUGAGUCUGACCACCAAGAAGCCGGGCAUGAACCGUGGUCGAUCAUUCUGGAUCUGCCCUCGCCCACUCGGUCCCAGUGGGGAGAAGGAGAAGGGCUCGCAGUGGCGAUGUCCUACAUUCAUCUGGGCCAGCGACUGGAACUCGACGUCGCAGUCGGAGGCUUGA